UCUAUCUCCCUACUUCUCUCUAACUAUUCCCCACCCUCAUUUACAUUGCGUUUUGAUGAUUUGAACCCAAGACAAAAGACAUAGAGGAUUAAAAAACGAAUCCCUGAAAACCAAAGGACACAAAGAAUACUCAGCCAAUACCCAUUUACAUGAAAUCAUCCUUCUCCAGAAGAACAAGAAGGAAAAUAAAGAAGAAAUUUUCAUCCCCUUUUCAGAUCUAAACAAUAUUUUGAUAUCAAUUUGAUCUGCAACAUUUCUCGAGGGAAAACGCCUUUUUCCGUUUUGAUGACUGAUGGCUGUGAUCUAUGAAGAUUUUGCCUGAUUCGAGGUUAUAGAGUUGUGAGUUGUUUAUUUGAAUCUAAGGGGUUUUCUGAUCCAGUAGUUCUAGACAGAAAUAAAUCAGUUCGAUUUUAGUUUCCAUCGUAAUCUGUAUCUUGCAAUGGCGGAGAUGUUCUGGGCAUGAUUUUGCCUUUAAAAUUUCUUGCCUUUAGUAUUCUUAAGUGAUCUGUUACAAGGAUUUAAGGAUUUUAGAAGGAUCGGGUUUCUUUUUCUUUGUUGGUUGUAAUAGGACCGAGCUGAAAUCGCUGAGUCUGUGGUAUUUGAUUAUCGAAAUUAAGAGAAGUUAUGGAGACACUUGUUGUGGUGGCGCAGCAUAGGAAUCAAUACUGUAGCAGGGUGAAGCCACAUGGUCCUGCUAGAUUUGGGUCAUCACCACCAUCUAGAAAUUUCAGAGGGGUUAACUGUAGGACUUUUCAAUCCGGGUCAGGAUUGCUCCCGACCCCGUUUAAGUAUAACUCUACUCCUUUAACCAAACAGCCAUCUUCCCCUCCCUUUUCACCAUCUUCCCCCCAAACACCAUCUCCUUUUGCUGAUGGAAUACACUCGAAAGCGAAAGCUACCCGGAAAAGCUCUCCCAUUCCCAUCAAGGGCAAUAGAACCCCUAGAAAUGGUAAGCCUUUUACUCAGGAGAUUUCUGGGGAAGGUUUUCUUUUCUCUGAGCUUUGGGCUGGACCUGCUUAUUCUAAUUCUCCGCCACCGAGUUCUUUGCCGAUUCCCAAAUUCUCACUUCGGGUGAAGAGGACUGUGUCACUAGAUUCGCCUGCUACUGCCCCUGUUGUUGAUGUUUACCAAACUGCUAAGUCUGCACCUGCAUCCCCUACAAGGGAGCUUAGCCCUUCUGUAGCGGAACUUUUUCGAGGUGCUGACUCUGUAUCUGCGACUAUGGCUUUACGUCGCAUUCUCAACCUGGACAACACUGAUGACUGAAAUGAGUGAAGGAGCUCUUGAGCUCCUGUAAAUAAGUUUACUGUGCAAAUUUUGAAGUUAGUUUUAGAUUGUAUAUAGGUUGAAUAAGAUGGUUGGUAGCAUGGGUCGGUAUGUGUUGGUUUAGCUUUCUAUGGGUGGUGAUAAUGAGAAAGUAAUGGCAAUGGUAGGUCAACAAUCUCCAGAAUUUCCUUUAUGAUGGUUUAUGAGAGCUUGGUUCUGGUUAUGGGAACUUUUGAUUGACUCAAUGCAGAAGGUACACUAUUUGUGGGUGUUGUAAGCUUGGAUGGAAGAUGACUCAAGCUAUUCGGGAAGCCAAGGGGAGCUUUCAUUACAAU